UCAUUCACUGACAUCCACUGGUGGUGACACAUCUAUCUGCAUAAUGGAGAAGAACUUAUGGAAUAUCCUGGUGGUUUCUUUUGGAUUCUUCCUUAACUUCACGGCCUUUGGAGGCCUGCAGAAUCUGCAGAGCAGCCUCUACAGUGAGGAGGGCCUGGGGGUGGCGACACUCAGCACCAUCUACUGUAGUAUGAUGCUCUCCUCCAUGUUCCUCUCACCUCUCCUCAUCAAGAAGUUUGGCUGCAAGUGGACCAUGGUGGGCUCCAUGAGCUGCUACUUGACCUUCUCCUUGGCCAACUUCUACGCCAACUGGUACACCCUGAUCCCCACCUCCACCUUGCUGGGCCUGGGUGCAGCUCCUCUGUGGGCAUCUCAGUGUACCUACAUCACCAUCGUGGGAAAUUUGCAAGCGAAGAAAGAGGGGAAGUUUGGCAAGGAUGUGGUGAACCAGUACUUUGGUGUCUUCUUUCUUAUAUUCCAAUCUUCUGGAGUAUGGGGCAACCUGAUUUCCUCACUGGUAUUCAGCCAGACGCCCACUCAUGUGACCAUCCCAGAUUCCCAGCUCCAGUCCUGUGGAGCCAAAGACUGCCUGAUGGCGACCGUGGCUUCCAAUAACACCUCUAAACCCUCCAAGCAACUGAUCUACACCCUGCUGAGCAUAUUCAAUGGCAGCAGUAUCCUGGCUAUCCUACUGUUGAUCGUGUUUCUCGAGUCUGUGGAAGAAAGAAUGGAGAAUGAGGGAGAGGCAGGGUCCAGAUCCCCACCUCUCCGGUCGGCUUUACUGGCCACCUUCAUGCUGUUUAAAAAUGACAAGCGUCUGUGCUUCCUGAUCCUCCUGCCGCUGUACAGUGGGAUGAACCAAGGGUUCAUCUAUGGAGAGUACACAAAGUCUUUUGCUACCUGUGCCCUGGGAAUCCAUUUUGUGGGCUACGUGAUGAUCUGCUUCUCAGGUGCCUCCUCACUGUGCUCCCUGCUGUAUGGGAAGAUCUCCAAAUACACGGGCAGGGCUGCACUCUUCGUGCUGGGUGCUGUCAUCCACUUCUCCUGCUUUAUCGCCCUCCUCCUGUGGCACCCAAACCCGGCUCAUCUACCUGUCUUCUUUAUCCUUCCUGGCCUGUGGGGAAUGGCAGAUGCCGUCUGGCAGACACAGAACAACGCUCUUUACGGUGUCCUGUUUGAGAAGAACAAAGAAGCUGCUUUUGCCAACUACCGCCUUGGGGAAUCCCUAGGGUAUGUCAUCGCCUUCGGGUACAGCUCGUUUCUGUGUGUGAGCACCAAGCUCUGCAUUCUCUUGGGCGUCUUGAUUGUGACCAUGAUGGCUUACGGGAUUGUUGAGUACCUGGAACCCAAGACUACUAACAAGUCCGUGGCUACAGAAGACAAAAGCCAGGCAGAAAAAGAAGAAAUGAAGACAGAAGUGUGAGUGCAGCCACGCCAUGGCCAGAGACUCAGCCUGGAUCAGCAGAGCAGUUCCCUGUAGCAACAUUCAGUAGAUAGACUCAGACAUUCAUGAUUGUUUCAGCAAUACGUGGACGAUCAUGUGUAUUUUCUACUUAUUUUCUUCAAUUGGACAAAUUCCCGUCCAUUUUUCUACUCACAGAGAUCAAGAGUAUGUGCCAAGGACUGGGAAUGUAGCCUAGUGCUGGCGUGCCUGCUUAGCAUGCACAAGUUCAGUCCCUAGUACUACAGAACCAAAGCGGUGACUAUGUACAGGGCCAGGGAAAUGGCCGUCAGUAAAGAGCUUUCCAGACCAAGCAUGAGGACACCAGUCGGAACCCUUGACACACAUGUUAUAAAAGGGGGGUGGUGGUGGUAGUAAUGGUAAUGUGUACUUGGAAUGCUAGCACUGACUGGCGGGGCAGAGGCAGAAAGAUCCAUGGGGCUCAUUGGCUGGCCAGACCGAGGAGCUCCUGGUUCAGUGAAAAUCUUGUCUUAGGAACUAAGGUUAACAGCAACUGGGGUCACCUAAUGUCAACCUUUAGCCUAAACACACACACACACACACACACACACACACACACACACACACACACACACACACACACGGGCUUGCCAUGUCAGGGAUUGUGCGUGUUAGAGGCCAUUGGAAGGAUUGCAAAUGGUGUGCUUGAUGCUCAACUAUCACUGUGGUGAAGUCAAACAUAAUUCAUGCAUAGUACCUGCCAGGUGCUCAUGCUAUGGCCAUGGUGGAAUCAGACCUGGCACGAGUGUCACAUACCACACGUGAUCAUAUAUAGUCCUACAGCCACCGUCCGCUACAGCCACCGUCCACUACAGCCACCAUCCACAUUCAUCAUCCCAGCGGCUUCUCUUCACUCUUCCUCACCCUGAACAGCUCUAUCAGUGACAACUGCCUUUUUUCCACACACACUUUUUUCUCUGAGUCCCUGGCACCUUUGCCCAGACUCCCAUGUGAUUUUGACGUGUCUUCCUUCUCUUCUUUUACCACCAUGUGGAAUUUGGCCAUUUCUGAAGAGGUCAAAUUCAUGUAGAAGGCAUUCAACAGGGCAAAGGACACUCGCAUCCCCUCUAGCUUGGAGGCUCAGGAUUGUGUAGACAAGUCUUGCGUGGGAACAGGUGUGAGGUGAACUUGAUUUAGAUGUACCCCCUGAGGACCCCAAUACAAAGAGGAAGGCAGGAAAUGCAUAUGUGUAAACCUGAGGAGACCACAGAGCUGCCAGCAGGUCCCCAUCAUGGUAGAGUCCUCUGGUAUGGGUCUGAGACAGAGCCACAAGCAGUACUAAUUUUAUUUUAUUUUUCAGGAGUGGCUGGGAGGAACUACCAUAGGCACUACCUGAUGAAUGCACUGGGUGACUUGCUAUCAAAUAUCUCAUCUGUGUGGGUGGGCUAACCUGGCCUAAGAUUGUGGAUUGUCUGUAUGUCUUAGUAUUCCCACACAGAAUACAGUAUUCCUUAGAGAGUAAUACUUUCUGUCUUCCAGUGAGCUUUCCUCAUCCCCAGCUAGUGCCCUGAGAGCGUCAGUGACAGAGGUGGGGACAUUUUUAAGAUAGGAAGCUGGGAAGAUCUACCCGUACUAUGCACACGUGUCCCUGCAGCCUAAGGCGCUUCAUGCAUGCACAAUCCCCACGCCCUGAGUCACUGUGCAACAUCCUGAGAAAGGCACAGCAUCCUCAAGAGGAGCAGGUUUGGGGUCAUUGACAGCGGACGUGGAGACCUGGACCUCAUCCUCUGCUGAUGAGAACCCCAGCGCCCGCUGCUGUUCUUGCUUAGGAAGGUCUUCCCGUCUGGGCCUCUCAUCUGAGACAUCAGCCUUGUUUGCUCCUAGUUCAUCCUUAAUGCAGAGAAUGCAGAACAGGCUCACAUGCCACACAGGACUGCACCACAUGAACAGAUUAGGAGCUUCAUUCCUUCACCUGACAAGUGGUCUUAGACACGGCCAGCAAAGCCGGGCAAAGCAAUAAUAUUCCACUCUGGAGAAACUGCUCUUUUCCACAGUGUGAAAUGAGUCCGUGGGCAACUGGUGUCACUAAGCAAUAAGACAGGAAACACAACAAGAGGGUCAGCACCAGCUUUGUAGAUGUAUCCAACCUUCUUAUUAAAUAAGAAACACAAAACCAAUGCAAAGAAGAAAGCCAAGAGGUCAGAGCUAAGAGCUAAAACCUUACCCUUCCUCCUGCGGUGGUCCUACCUCUCCGAACCAGAGCUACCCCUGUGUUAAAGUCUUUAUAUAGAGUUCCUGUCCUGCCUUCUCAUUGGUUGUAAACCCAACCACAUGACCGCCUCCUCACAGCCUGUCUGUAUAGGCCUCCAGGUUUUCCAUGGUUGGUAUUAAGAUUAAAGGCAUGUGUAUCCAAUAAUGGCUGUAUCCCUGAACACACAGAGACUUACCCAGCUCUGCCUACCAAGUGCUGGAAUUACAAGCGUACGCCACCACUGCCCUGCUUUCCUAUGGCUUGCUAAUAGCUCUGACCCCCGGGCAACUUUAUUAACAUACAAAUAACAUUUUAAUACAAA